UAUCACUCGUUUCGGUUCGCGGAAACACCGUGCUUAUGCCUAGACAUGGCGGAGGCGUCCAAGGCCAAGGAAUGUCCCCGUGGCACGCGAGUCGCCAUGGUGGCCAUGUCUGCGGCCACUGCAGAAGCGGUGACCUUCCCCAUUGACUUUGCAAAAACGCGGAUGCAGCUGCACGUUGGCAGGCGCGGCUUCUUCGGUGCUCUGUCAACGGCCAUCCGCGACCAGGGAAUUAGGGGCGUCUAUGCCGGCAUCCAGCCGGCUGUGGUGCGGCACCUCAUCUACUCCUCCCUGCGGAUUUCGAUCUAUGAGGAGCUGCGCCGGAUCUUUGCUGGCCACAGCUCCAGAGGCGCCGACAGCUUCGCGGUGCGCGGCUGCGCGGGGCUGCUGGGCGGGGGCCUGGCGCAGGCGGUGGCCUCCCCGGCAGACCGCCUCAAGGUAGUUCUCGUACACGAGGGCGGUCGCCAGGGAUUUAUGUCGGUGCUGAAGCGCAUCCUCCGAGAGGAGGGCGUGAAGGGUCUGUACCGGGGCGUGGGCAUCAACGUGCAGCGCGCCGCGCUGGUGAACCUUGGCGAGCUGUCGACGUAUGACCAAGCCAAGACCUUCGUCCUGCGUUCCGGCCUGCCGGAUGGCGCUUCGGUGCACAUCCUGAGUGCCAUUUGCAGUGGAUUCGUGGCGUCCGUGUGCGCCACCCCUGCGGACGUGGUGAAGAGCCGCGUCAUGGCGGGGCAAGCCUCCGGCGUCCUCAGCUGCGUCCGAGAGACUGUCCGCGCCGAGGGGCUGGGAGCCUUCUGGAAGGGCUUCUUCCCCAACUGGGCGCGCCUCGGACCCUGGCAACUCACCUUUUGGGUCACCUACGAGCACGCGCGCCAGGCCCUAGGCUACGGGGGGUUCUGACGUUCGCGUCGAUGCCGGCGCGAGCGUUUGGAGCUGUUUGGGCUCUCUCUCUUGGGAUUCGGAUC